UUCGGUUAGCUCUCGAGUCCCAAAGACGAAACGGUGAAGAAAAAUCGUCGUGAUUGAGUCACUCGUCGGCUUCUCUUGAACGCCUCGCGGCUCUCGCUCCCGUGAAAAAUACAGAAGCUCUCGUUUUCUCCCUCAAAAGUGAAGCUCUAGGGAGGUAGAGAAUGGAAAUGGGAAAGUUAAAUGUGUUCUUCGCGGCAAUCUGUCUCCUCCCCGUUGUCUGCAUCUCCUUUUCCCCAGAGAACCCCACAGAUCGCCGGAUCUUGGUUCUCCUGGACGAUUUCUCUAUCAAGUCGUCACACUCCAUUUUCUUCAACUCCCUCAAAUCUCGCGGGUUUGACCUUGACUUUAUGCUCGCUGAUGAUUCCAAGCUCGCUCUCCAACGAUACGGCCACUACCUCUACGAUGGAUUGAUCCUCUUCUCUCCCUCCACAGAGCGAUUUGGAGGAUCAUUGGAUUUGGCAGCCGUUAUUGACUUCGUUGACUCAGGUCGUGAUUUGAUUAUAGCGGCUGAUGCUUCUGCAUCAGAUUUGAUUCGGAACAUUGCUACGGAAUGUGGAGUUGACUUCGACGAGGAUCCGUCGUCUAUGGUUAUUGAUCAUAGAAAUUAUGCAAUUUCUGAUGUCCAAGGAGAUCAUACUCUCAUUGCUGCUGAUGAUUUUCUUCAAUCUGAUGUGAUUUUGGGAAAAACUAAAAUUGAGGCCCCUGUGCUUUUUAGAGGAAUUGGACAUUCGUUAAAUGCUGCCAAUACUUUGGUUCUGAAAGUGCUUUCAGCCUCUCCUGCAGCAUAUUCUGCUAAUCCAAGCUCUAAGUUGUCAAAUCCUCCUCAGCUGACUGGAAUUGCAAUCUCUUUAGUUUCAGUCAUGCAGGCCAGAAACAAUGCUCGGGUUAUGAUAACUGGCUCUUUAGAUCUGUUCAGUAACAGAUUGUUCAGAUCUGAUGUCCAGAAAUCUGGAAGUCCAAAAAAAUAUGAGAAAUCAGGUAACCAGCAGUUUGUAACUGAAGUUAGCAAAUGGGUGUUUCAUGAAAGAGGGCAUCUAAAGGCUGUUAAUCUUAGGCACAAUAAAGUUGGAGAAACAGACGAGGCUGCAAUUUACAGAAUCAAAGAUGACUUGGAAUUUGCUGUUGAGAUCUAUGAGUGGUCUGGGAAGAGUUGGGAACCGUAUGUGGCUGAUGAUGUUCAGGUCCAGUUCUAUAUGAUGAGUCCUUAUGUUCUGAAGAUGCUAUCAACUGAUCAGAAGGGUCUUUACUAUACAACAUUCAAGGUGCCUGAUGUUUAUGGCGUUUUCCAGUUUAAGGUUGAGUAUGAAAAGCUUGGGUACACUACUUUAUCUUUUUCAAAACAGGCUCCAGUACGACCCUUCAAGCACAAUGAAUAUGAGAGAUUUAUAACCACGGCUUUCCCUUAUUAUGGAGCUUCUUUUACCACAAUGGCCGGUUUCUUCAUCUUCAGCAUACUCUUCCUGUACAACAAGUAAAGCCAGUCAGGAGGUUUUCUGAUUUGACAUAGUUCAGGAUAUGUCUUUCUGGAGAUUAGAGGGAAUUUUUGGCAUCUCUCCUCUGAAAUACUUGAAAUAUAUGGUAGGGCAUAAACUAGUCUUCUAAGAUACAUUUAUCAUACUAUAUUUACUGUUCUCAUUUAGUGGUAUUUAGUGCAUAACUGUCUUAUUGAUGCUAAGAAAUCAAGUGUUGGAAAGAAAUAGAAUCGGCAAUCUAGGUCUUGUUUAGUCUUAACAAUGAGAAACGUAAUGUUUCUGUUCUUUUGAGAACGAGACAUAAUGUUUAUUUGAUAAAACCACGGGCUUGCAGUUUCAUUGGUC